AAAUUACCAGAAAACAAAAACCCUAAUUUGUGUUAGACGACUCAACCAAACUUCAUCACUGUGUGUGCCUCUCUGCAACCCUAAAAAUGCCGUUCAAGAGGUUCGUUGAGAUCGGGAGAGUUGCACUUGUCAACUACGGCGAAGACUAUGGAAAGCUCGUUGUCAUCGUUGAUGUCAUCGACCAAACUAGGGCUCUUGUUGAUGCACCUGACAUGGAGAGAGGUCCAAUUAAUUUCAAGAGGCUUUCUCUAACUGAUAUCAAGAUUGAUAUCAAAAGAGUCCCUAAGAAGAAGGAUCUCAUUAAGGCCAUGGAAGAAGCUGAUGUGAAGAACAAGUGGGAGAAUUCCUCAUGGGGAAGGAAAUUGAUUGUUAGGAAGAGGAGGGCAGCACUUACUGAUUUUGAUAGGUUCAAGAUUAUGUUGGCAAAGGUUAAGAGGGCUGCUGUUGUUAGGCAAGAACUUGCUCAGCUGAGGAGGACUGCAGCUUAGGCAUUACUCUACUUCCUGAUACAAUUUUCAGUUUUGUUAUUGAUUUUGGUCUAUUUAGUACAAUUUGGAUGUUUGAGGUUUUUGUAUCACUAAGACAGUUGUUUAAAUGUUUGAUCUUCAGAUAUUUAUUGUGUCACAAGGUUUGGUUUA